GUGUGUGUGUGUGUGUGUGUGUGUUUUCACCUUGUCUGGGUGUGUCCCUCUAAAAGCAGCAGGUACUGCAGCAGCUCCUCUGUUUGUGCUGAGAUACUUGAACCGUCCAGGAUGCAUCUGUUCGCCUUGAAGUCGUUUCUGCUUUUGCUCCUUUUCACCGGACGCUGCGCACCGCAGGAUAUUCUGCCGGUCGGUCCAGUCAACGCAAUUUUGGGUACAAAUGUGACUCUGACAACGCUGGUUGAUAAACCGAGCUACGCCUUCAUAACCUGGAAUUUCAGCGACGGGAAGGAGCAGGACCAUAUCGCCACUCUAGGUACAGCAGGGCUGAAGGUGAACGCACCUUAUGAGGGAAGAGUGUCCAUUAACGCCACCAGCGGCGCCCUGAGCCUGUCCUCCCUGAAGGUAUCGGACAGCGGGGAUUAUAGCAUCAGCAUCAUAGCGCCUGAUGCCACGACGAAUACUGCAGAAAUCAAACUCCAAGUUCUGGAGCCGAUUUCGGAUGUGCUCAUCAAGUCAGACAUCUCUGAAGCAUUCGAACACAACAGCACAGUGGUUCUUAACUGCUCUGCUAAAGGCUCCGUCCUCAAGUUCACCUGGACCAGCGGCUCCACGCCGAUAGUGGCCGACGGCAAGCGACUGACGCUGAAAGACGAGGAAGCGUCCAGUAUGCUGACCAUCACUGGCAUCCUCAGGACAGAUCUGGUCGGUCCUAUCUACUGCACAGCUGCUAACCCUCUGGAGAUGGAGAAGAGCCCCGCCUUCAACCUCACCGUCUACUAUGGACCAGAUGAAGUCACCAUCAGUCCUGCCAAGUUUCCAGAGUACAUCAGGUCCAAGUCCGACUUCAACCUGACCUGCUCGGCCCAGUCCUACCCGGCCCCUCAGUUCUUCUGGUACCAUAAGGAGGACCUGAUGGAGGUGCCGGGCCCCAUCCUCACUCUGUCGGACAUCGAAGCUUACGGACUCGGGAUGGAAAAGGACGAGUACACCUGCAGGGUCAAGAAUAUCAAGACCGGGCGCAUGGUCUCCUCUGCUCCGGUUGCCUUCGCUGUGAUAGAGGCCGUCACGGGCGUUAAUAUCACCGGUCCGACUGAAGUACUCAUCGCCGGCAACAGCACGGCCAACCUGACCUGCCAGGCGGCGGCGGGCUCCGUGAAGACCACGACCUGGCUGAAGGACGGCAAACCGCUGACUGCCAGCCCCCGCGUGGUCUACUACAACAACAUGAGCUCCGUGUUCUUCAACAUGCUGCAGAAAGAGGACAAUGGGAAGUACAUGUGUCUGCUCGGCAACCCCAUCAACACCGCCGAGGCCGUCUACACCAUGGUGGUCAACUUUGGUCCUGAGCCGGCGUCGGUGAGAGGUGAAGAUGCCGUAGAGGUGACCGAAACCGUGACGCUCACCUGCUCCGCCAAGUCUGUCCCUCCCUCCACCUACAUCUGGAAGUUUAACAGCUCGGAAACUAAAAUCAAAACAGCGGAGUACGUCAUCGAGAAGGCCAUGUACAAAGACACGGGAACAUACACCUGCAUGGCGUACAACAACGUCACCGGGAAGACCAGCACAGCCAGCCACUUCCUGUCUGUCAAAGAGGAGGGAGCGUUGGAUGAAGGUCUCUCAGACGGAGCCAUCGCUGGAAUCGUCAUCGGCGUCCUCGUUGCUCUCGCAGCCGCCAUCGGCUUAAUCUUCUACUGCCGACAGAAAGUACCGGUCGAGUCGCCGUACUAAAGAAGUCCUGCUCUGCUGGCCUGAACAUCAUUUAGUUUCCCUUGAUUUCCUUGUGCAGGCUGGAGGAGGAGGAGGAUCCGGCUGGUUUCCUGUGAAGCCUUCGUCCGACCAGCCAUCCCAUCAUCCGCCUCUCUCCUCCAUUCCACCCAGACCCUGGAUCCAGGUUUGGACUGUGAGCUGUUAUUGUUGAUCUGAUUUAUUAGUUUUUGGAGCUUUUUUAUCCCGAAUGGAUCAUCUCCUCCUCCUCUUCCUCCUCCACCUGCCGUCAACAAGCGUCCUCCUUCAGCUUUUGUCUCGCUUCCUUUUGGGGGAAGCUCCUCGUCUCGUGGUCCGAAGCUGACGGACUGACGGCUGAUGAGUGACUCUCUUUAUCCUGCUGGAAACCUGAGGACACACGAGGCCACACAUGUAGACGUUCAGGUUCACAAAAAUGCUGUGGUUUGUUUCAUGUCGCUGUCUGUCCCAGGCGGGUGGAGCGUCGACCUUUGGAGCUUCAUUGGAUCCAGAAUAUCUCAGUUUGUUGGUUUCUAACACGUUUUCACUCGAGGUUUUUCUGUGUUUCCUAUUUGUUCACUGAGGUUAUUUCAAAACUUUACUGCCGUUUUUCUAAUAUUUCUGUUUUCACAGAUCUUUGCAAAAAUAAGAUCGCAAUUAAAUUUUUUUUAUUAACUGGCA